AUGAAGAACAUUUACUGGCUUAUUCUGAAACUUGUCAAUUUUACAACUCUUCGCUGCAUAUGGAUUUCUAUGGUACAGUGUACAGUUUUAAACAGCUGCCUGAAGUUGUGUGUAACUAACCUGGGCAGGCAGUUUGACAUUGGCAUACCCUAUAAUCUGAGUGAGCCGUGCAUCCAGGGAUGUCACUUUUGGAACACUGUAAAUCAAGAAAACUGUGCUUUGAAGUGUCGAGAGUCAUGUGAGAUUGGCUGCAGCAGUGCGGAAGGUGCAUAUGAAGAGGAAGUACUAGAAAAUGCAGACCUCCCCACUGCACCCUAUGUGUCUUCCAUUGGAAGCCAUAGUGUGGCAUUACGAUGGAAACCGGUCAACAUCUCUGGAGUAAAAUAUAUUGUGCAGUGGAAAUAUGCACAACUUCUGGGAAGCUGGACUUAUACUAAGACUGUGUCCAAGCUCUCGUAUGUGGUCAAGCCCUUGCACCCCUUCACUGAGUACAUUUUCCGAGUGGUUUGGAUCUUCACAGCUCAACUGCAGCUCUAUUCCCCUCCAAGUCCCAGUUACAGGACUCAUCCUUAUGGAGCUCCUGAAACUGCACCUGUCAUUAGGAAUAUUGAGAGCUCAAGUCCCGAUACUGUGGAAGUCAGCUGGGCUCCACCUCAAUUCCCAGGUGGACCUAUUUUGGGUUAUAACUUAAGGCUAAUCAGCAAAAAUCAAAAAUUAGAUUCAGGGACACAGGGAACCAGUUUCCAGUUUUACUGCACUCUACCAAAUACAACCUACAGGUUUUCUAUUGCAGCAGUAAAUGAAGUUGGUGAGGGUCCAGAAGCAGAAUCCAGCAUUACCACCUCAUCCCCAGCAGUUCAAGAAGCGGAACAGUGGCUCUUUUUAUCCAGAAAAUCUUCUCUAAGAAAGAGAUCUUUAAAACAUUUAGUAGAUGAAGCACAUUGCCUUCAGUCGGAUACUAUACACCAUAAUAUUACAGGAAUAUCAGCUGAUGUCCACCAGCAAGUUGUUUACUUCUCUGAAGGAACUCUCAUAUGGGUGAAGGAGGCUGCCAACAUGUCUGAUGUGUCUGACUUGAGGAUUUUUUACAGAGGUUCAGGAUUAAUUUCUUCCAUCUCUGUAGACUGGCUUUAUCAAAGACUGUAUUUCAUCAUGGAUGAACUGGUAUGUGUCUGUGAUUUAGAGAACUGCUCAAACAUUGAGGAAAUUACUCCAUCUUCUAUUAGUGCACCUAAAAAAAUUGUGGCAGAUGCAUACAAUGGGUAUGUCUUUUAUCUCCUGUGUGAUGGCAUUUAUAGAACAGACCUUCCUGUGCCAUCCAGUCGGGACACACACACAAUGCAUAUCGUGGAAAGUUACACAUUAAAGGACUUUGCAGUAAAGCCACAGGCCAAGAGAAUCAUUUACUUCAAUGACACCACCAAAGUCUUCAUGUCAACCUUUCUGGAUGGCUCCGCUUCCCAUCUCAUCCUACCUCAUGCCCUUUUUGCUGAUAUGAAGAGCUUUGCCUGGGAAAACAAUGACUUCCUUGUCACAGAUGGCAAGGCUGUUUUCCAACAGGAUACUUUGUCUUUUAAUGAGUUCAUCGUGGGAUGUGACCUGAGCCACAUAGAAGAAUUUGGGUUUGGUAACUUGGUCAUCUUCGGCUCAUCCACCCAGCUGCACCCUCUGCCAGGCCCCCCUCUGGAGCUCUCAGUGCUGUUUGGCUCUCACCAAGCCCUUGUGCAGUGGAAGCCUCCUGCCCUCGCCAUAGGAGCCAAUGUCAUCCUGGUCAGUGACAUUGUUGAAUUCUUCUAAUUAGGCCCUUCUGCCUGGCAGAACUGGACAUAUGAGGUGAAAGUAUCCACCCAAGACCUUCCUGAAAUUGCUCAUGUUUUCUCUAACAUACAUGGGACCACACUGAAUAUACCUGAACUGGAGAGUGCUACAAAAUACAAGGUUUCUGUGAGAGCAAGUUCUCCCAAGGGACCAGGCCCCUGGUCAGAGCCCAUGGUGGGUACUACCCUGGUGCCAGCUAUGGAACCACCAUUCAUCAUGGCUGUGAAAGAAGAUGGGCUUUGGAGUAAACCAUUAAAUAGCUUCGGCCCAGGAGAGUUCUUGUCUUCUGAUAUACGAAAUGUGUCAGACAUGGAUUGGUAUAACAACAGCCUCUACUACAGCAACAUGAAAGGUGAUGUUUAUGUGUGGCUGCUGAAUGGGAAGGAUAUUUCAGAGAAUUAUCACAUACCCCGCAUUGCAGGAGCAGGGACUUUAGCUUUUGAGUGGCUGGGCCACUUUCUCUACUGGGCUGGAAAGACAUAUGUGAUACAAAGGUUGUCUGUGUUGACAGGGCACACAGAUAUUGUGACUCAUGUAAAGCUGUUGGUGAAUGACAUGGUGGUGGAUUCAAUUGGUGGAUAUCUGUAUUGGACCACACUCUACUCAGUGGAAAGCACCAGGCUAAAUGGAGAAAGUUCCCUUAUACUACAGGCACUGCCUUUGCUUUCUGGGAAAAAGGUAGUUGCUCUAACCUUAGACCUCAGUGAUGGGCUCCUCUAUUGGUUGGUUCAAGAUAGUCAAUGUAUUCACCUGUACACAGCUGUUCUUCGGGGACAGAGUUUUGGGGAUACCACCAUCACAGAAUUUGCAGCCUGGAGUACUUCUGAAAUUUCCCAGAAUGCACUGAUGUACUAUAGUGGUCGACUAUUCUGGAUCAAUGGCUUUAGAAUUAUCACAACUCAGGAAAUAGGUCAGAGGACCAGUGUCUCUGUUUUGGAACCAGCCAAAUUUAACCAGUUCACAAUUAUUCAGACAUCCCUCAAGCCUCUUCCAGGAAACUUUUCCUUCACCCCUACAGUUAUUCCAAAUUCUGUUCAGGAGUCUUCAUUUAGGAUCAAAGGAAAUGCUUCAAGUUUCCAAAUCCUGUGGAAUGCUCCCCCUGCAGUAGACUGGGGUGUAGUUUUCUACAGUGUGGAAUUUAGUGCUCAUUCCAAGUUCUUGACUAGUGAACAACAGUCUUUACCCAUAUUUACUGUGGAAGGGCUGGAGGCCUAUACCUUGUUUAAUUUUUCUGUCACUCCUUAUACCUACUGGGGAAAAGGCCCCAAAACAUCUCUAUCACUUCGAGCACCUGAAACAGUUCCAUCAGCACCAGAGAACCCCAGGACAUUUAUAUUACCAAGUGGAAAAUACUAUAACAAGAAUGAAGUUGUGGUAGAAUUUAGGUGGAAUAAACCUAAGCAUGAAAAUGGUGUGUUAACAAGAUUUGAAAUUCUCUAUCAAAUGUCCAACCAAAGUGAUACAAACAAAACAUUCAAAGACUGGAUUGCUGUCAAUGUCACUCCCUCAGUGAUGUCAUUUCAACUUGAGGGCAUGAGUCCCGGGUGCUUUAUUGCCUUCCAGAUUCGGGCCUUUACAUUUAAAGGGCCAGGACCAUUUUCUGACAUAGUGAAGUCUACAACAUCAGAAAUCAACCCAUUUCCUUACCUCAUGAUUCUUCUUGGCAACAAGAUAGUUUUUUUAGAUAUGGAUCAAAAUGAAGUUGUGUGGACAUUUUCAGCAGAAGGAGAUAUCAGUGCCAUGGGUUACACAGCUGAUAAUGAGAUGGGGUAUUACAGUGAAGGAGGCUCCCUCUUUCUUCUGAACUUGCACAAUCGUUCCAGCUCUGAGCUUUUCCGAGAUGCAAAGUUUUCUGAAAUCACAGUUAUUACAAUUGACUGGAUUGCAAGGCACCUCUACUUUGCACUCAGAGUAUCACAAAAUGGAAUGCAAAUAUUUGAUGUUGAUCUUGAACACAAGGCAACAUAUCCCAGAAAACUGAAGAUUUGCAACAGGAAUUCAACAAUAAUUUCUUUUUCUGUAUAUCCUCUUUUAAGUCGCUUGUAUUGGACAGAAGUUUCCGAUUUUGGCUAUCAGAUGUUCUACUACAGUAUUACAAAUCACACCUUGCACCGCAUUCUGCAGCCCACAGCCACAAACCAACAAAAUGGAAGGAAUCAAUGUUCUUGUAAUGUGACUGAAUCCGAGUUAAGUGGAGUAAUGGCUAUCGAUACCUCUGACCUGAAGAAACCACUAAUCUACUUUGCCAAAGCACAAGAGAUUUGGGCAGUGGACUUGGAAGGUUGUCAGUGUUGGAGAGUUAUCAUGGUGCCUGCUAUGUUUGCAGGAAAAACACUUAUUAGCUUAACUGUGGAUGGGGAAUUUAUAUAUUGGAUCAUCACAGCAGAGGACAACACACAGAUUUAUCAAGCAAAGAAAAGAAAUGGGGAUGUGUUCUCCCAAUUAAAGGCCCGAAGGAGUAAGCAUAUCUUGGCUUACAGUUCAGUUAUGCAGCCUUUUCCAGAUAAAGCAUUUCUGUCUCUGGCUUCCGACAUUGCAGAACCAACCAUACUUAACGCCACUAACACUAGCCUCACCAUUAAAUUACCCCCGGCCAAGACAAACCUCACGUGGUAUGGCAUCACCAGACCUACUCCAACAUACCUGGUUUAUUUCACAGAAGUUAAUGACAGGAAAAACAGCAGAAUGCUGGUAAGAUUGGAGCUAGAAUUUCAGGACACUAUAGUCCUUAUUGAAGAUUUACAACCAUUUUCAACAUAUAUGAUACAGAUAGCUGUAAAAAAUUAUUAUUCAGAUCCUUUGGAACAUUUACCACUGGGAAAAGAGAUAUGGGGAAAAACUAGAAGUGGAG